UUAUUAUUAUUAUUAUUAUCCACCUUCCUCCCCUCCCGCCGUCCUCCUCUUCUCUCUCUCUCUCUCUCUCUCUCUUUUUUUUUUUCUCUCUCUUUUUCUCCCGUCAUCCCGUUCUCUUGUGCCUUCUUUUUUUCUCCAUUUUCUUCUUCUUUUCUUCUUCUAAUUUUUUCAUGUCUUUUUAAAACCAAACAUCACACAUUAUUAUUUUUUACCUUCGUUUCGAUCACACCACACCCCCUGUCAACCCCGUCGAGCGCGCCAAGUACACCUUUUUUUAUCGACCAAAAAAUAGAUAUUAAAAAAAAUAUAAAAAGAAGCAAGUAGAGAUAGAGAAGCGUUCGAUCAGGGCAGGCCCGGACUCUCAGCUCUCUUCUUCGUUGCUUUUCUCGACAGGAUUCGCGGCAGUGUCGGAGUGAGGCUGGCUCCUCGCACAACAACAUCACCUCCACCACCACCAACAACAACCGCCAUCUGGGAAUCUCUCCUCCCAUUUUUCCAACCCUUUUAACAUUCGUUUCUCUUCUCGCUUUUUCAUUUUUCUUCUCUCGCGUGGCUGGUGCCCAUUGCGUCGUUGUUCCGUGUGGUUUUUCACUGUCUCCUAGACGAGAUAGGUUCGAUCUGCAAAAUGGCCAUGUAUUCGCAGCAUGGUGCUUCGAUGGCACCACCGCAAAAGCCAGAAACCUUCAUGCUUUCCAACGAGGCUCAACAAAGUCUCCCCCGAGAUGCACAGGUUGCCCUACAGCAAGUCGAUAAUUUAAAAUACUUCCUUAUAUCCGCGCCGGUCGAUUGGGCUCCAGAUCAACUCAUCAGACGAUUCUUACUCCCAACAGGCGACUAUGUUUCGUGUGUUUUAUGGAAUAACCUUUUCCAUAUUUCGGGAACCGACAUCGUGCGAUGCUUAUCCUUUCGAUUCCAGGCCUUUGGCCGUCCAGUUAAAAACACCAAGAAGUUCGAAGAGGGCAUCUUCUCUGAUCUUCGCAACCUGAAGUCCGGCACCGAUGCGUCCCUCGAGGAGCCAAAGAGCGCCUUUUUGGACUUCCUAUAUAAAAAUAACUGUAUUCGAACGCAGAAAAAGCAGAAGGUCUUCUACUGGUAUAGUGUACCUCACGAUCGGCUCUUCCUCGAUGCCUUGGAGCGGGAUUUGAAGCGGGAAAAGAUGGGUCAGGAAGCAACUACGGUGGCAGUCAAUGAACCUGCCUUGUCGUUCGAAUUCGAUUCCUCACAGUCUCUCUUUGAGCAACUCACAAAGGCGCAACAAGCAAAUUCGUCUUCUUUCUCUGCCCACGCCAGCACGGCCUACACUCACUCUACCUCCCCUAUGGGGAGAGCCACUGAUUCUAUGCCACCACCGCAACUACCCCAAUCGAUGCCAGUUCUUCAAGAGGACACCAGCAACCAGGGUUUGUACAAUUCCAUGGGAAUGCCCAAUAACUCGUUGACCAACGGUAUGAGCAAACCCGAACAGGAUCUGGGACAGUUUAGCUACGAUCGAAACGGCACCCCUGUCUCCAGAAUCCACCAGCGCCAUACAUCCAUGCCGACGUUUAUGGAGUACUCGCCGGCCCCAUCGUUCGUUUCAUCGCACUAUGACGAGUAUGGUGCAAGAGGGAUAUCCUUUGAACCAAUUACACCUCCACAACACUCGCUACAUCUUGGCCAGGAGCCUGCUUACAUUGCCAAUGAGGACACUGGCUUGUAUACCGCCAUCCCCGAUAUUGGGAACCCGACAGGCUUCGCUCCAAUGAUGCAACUUCCUCCUUCCAAUCUUGUGGGUCCACAGUUUUCUACCGCAACUCGCACAUUCCCAACUACCAAUGUAUAUUCAGUCAUUGAAGGAUCUCCAACCUACAAACAACGGAGACGACGAUCGUCGAUCCCUGCCAGCAUCACCCAUGCCAUUGCAGCGGCUGCUGGGCAAUCUACUCAGUCGCACGGCCAUUCUCACGCCCACGCCCACGCCCACGCCCACGCCCACGCCCACGCCCACGCCCAUGCCCAUUCCGUGACACGACCAAGUGAGCUUCGCCGUUCCAUGUCCAGGUCUGUCCCGGCGGUUAUGGAAGGGGAGGAAUCAAACAACGACUCGCCUCCAGGUUUAACCAAUAGUUACACAUCUACGGUCGUGAACCAAAAGGAUCUGCUGCACGAACUAUCUCGAACGGGCACUCCGCUGCCAAGUCUAGAGGAAAGUCCCCCCGAGCACCCUCUAUCCCUGAUCCAGGCCCACGAUGAGUUGUCAUCGUUACCCAAUGGUGACCAAAUCGACAAUGCUAUUGCCGCGAGCUCAGCCAAUGGCAAGGGCGAUCGGCCUGGUCCCGUCCGUCGCGCCCGCAGUGCGACAAUGAUGGAGCUUGGCCCUUAUCCUCAGAAAUCACAUUCCUGCCCCAUCCCGUCAUGUGGCAGGUUGUUUAAGAGACUAGAACAUCUGAAACGACACGUGAGGACCCACACGCAAGAACGCCCCUAUCCGUGCCCUUACUGCAAUAGGGCCUUUUCACGGUCGGACAAUCUUGCCCAACACCGCCGUACCCAUGAAACACAGCAGAGCGGGCAGCAGAUAGUGAACAACUACUCGGACGAGGAUCGCGAACAAGAACACGAGGAACAGGAGUUCGGAUCGCUGGGAGAUACUGAGUCGCCUCGAUCGUCUUCAGACCCGAACAGCCACAGCCAUAACCACAGCAACAGCCACACUAACAGGAACAGAAACACUAAUAACACCGACCACCACCACCAUAGUAGCAGCAAUAAUAAUAACAACGGUAGCAACAACAAUAACACCAAAAACAACGGCAAUAAUAAUAAUUACAUGCCGACCAGCAUGGUCAACAUGGCCAACGUAACUUCCAUGCCGUCAUCUAUGGUGAUGCAAACUAGUUUACCAACAAUGGUCACGCCGCAGAUGAUAACGCCUCACCUCCUGCAGCAACAUAUCUAGAAGAGGGCUUGCUGGUUGGGCUGGGCUGGGUUGGCUGCUGGGGGUUUAUACGUCUUUGCGUUUUUGCCCUUUUGCGUUGCGUUGCUUUGGCUUUGCUUUCCGCUACUCUGCUCUUUUGCUCUUUCUCCUUUGAGGAUUCCAUUCCUUCCUCCUCCCCAUCGCGGGACAUGGUGGUUUUGGAAAGGUGGUGUUGGCUCCUUUUUGGAUAUGAAUUUUGGUAUGGAUAUUUUUUGAUCUUGGAUUUUCCUUUCUUUCUUUCUUUCCUUUUUCUUUUCCUUUGUGUGGUUAUGCUUUGCUCUGUUAUAGAAAGGGAAUCGGGUUUUAUGCUAGUUAUCACUGCUGAUUUAUGUCUCUCCUUCCUAUCUAUAUAUUUCCUUCCGCGCCCCUUCGAAUAAUCCUUCAAGCUCCUCCCCAUCUAUCUUAUCCGAUAUAUCUAUCUAUUCCUGUUGCCAUUUUUUUUGGUUUUGGUUUAUUGGUUUUUGCGCGUUUCUAGUUUAUGACCCUUUUAUAUAUACCCCCACACAUACAUAUAUAUACAUGGCUUUCCUUGUCACUCCCCCCCCCGGAUCUGCGUCUUGUCUCCGUUUCUCUCGUUCGGAAGAAUGGAAGAUAUUUUUUGGGUUUGUUUUCAUACUAUACAAGAAGUUCCCUCGUUACCGUCCUCCUCCCCACAAGCCCCAGGUUGUGGACUGAUUGACUGGUUGUUGGUUGAUGCGUACACAAAGAGACAUUAUUCAGAGCCGAUUUGAUACUCUUUUGAAACGCAUGGACAUCUGCACUGGUACAUGUCUACACAUCUUCACAUCUACACUCAUCUGCUGAAUAUUUCUUACUACUUUCUUAUCUGACUUUUCUUAUAUUUUUGCUAUUCCAAUGUUUCUCUUUUUGCCUAUGAUUAUGAGCUUUUUUUUGUCUCUGUUCCUAUUUAUGUGCUAUUUGCUACUGCUGCUACCUACUAUGAUACUUAUUAUAUACUUUAUAUUAUAAUUGAUUUUCUUAAUUCUCUGUCUCUCUCCUUUCCUUUUCUUUCU